AUGGUGACACCGCCCGUAGUUCCCCCGGAUAUUGUUUUUUAUGCGCUUACAGACAAUAACCAGCUUAUUAAAUACAAUGCUUCCAGCACCACAUCGCCCGACGCUGCCAUCAGUCUAACGGGCAUACCCACAGGCGAAAAAAUUAUCAGUAUAGAUUUCAGGCCUGCUACCGGCCAAUUAUACGGACUGGGCAGCAACAGCAGGCUGUACCUGUUGAAUAUCAAGAAUGGCAUUGCAACCGCACUGGGCACUGUGCCUUUCACACCGGCUAUUAACAGCAGUGUUGCCAAUAUUGAUUUCAACCCCACUGUUGACCGGGUCCGUUUGGUAACAGAUAAAGGACAAAACCUGCGCCUGCAUCCUGAAACAGGUGCCGUGGCCGCAACAGACGGCAAUAUUAAUGGAGGUUCGAUGCCUGCGGUUACCUCUAUUGCGUAUACCAACAGUGUAGCAGGCGCCACCGCUACAGAGCUGUUUGAUAUAGACGCUACCAGCAGAAAACUAUACAAACAAAAUCCACCCAAUGAUGGCAGUUUGCAGGAAGUGGGCAGCAUUGCCGUAGACUUUACCGGCAAGCCCGGCUUCGAUAUCAAUGAAGACAACAGCGUUGCGCUGGCCACUUUCCAGGUUGGCGGCAUCAAUAAAUUAUACCGUAUCAACACCGGCAACGCAGCGGCCGAAUUCCUGGCCAACCUGGCAGGUAAUAUUACAGACAUCGCCAUACCCACUCCACCGGUAGCCUAUGCCAUCAGUGAAAGCGGCAUGUUCCAGAUUUUUAACCCUACGCGGUCUAACAGCGUUAUAAAUAAAACCAUUGCAGGAGCGGGUAUGGGUGAAGAAUUCAUGGGUAUCGACUUCAGACCGGUAAAUGGUCAGUUGUACGGCAUUACGGUUACCAAUACCGGCAACGCCCGAUUGUAUACAUUCAAUCUCAGCACAGGUGCUGCCACCCCUGUAGGAUCGGGCUUUAUGCUGACUGCAGGCACCAGCGGCAUUGGCUUUGAUUUCAAUCCCACUGUGGACCGCAUAAGGCUGGUGAGCAAUACCGGCCAGAAUCUUCGCCUGAACCCCAACGAUGGUACAAUAGCUGCAACCGACGCCAACCUUAACCCCGGCAGCCCGGCAGUUAGCGGUGCCGCUUACAGCAGCAAUUUUCCCGGCGCUGCCAGCACUUUUCUAUUUGUAAUGGAUAUGGGCAAAUUGUACAGGCAGGAGCCCCCCAACAACGGCACCCUGGUAGAACUUGGUUCGCUGGGUAUUACCGCAGAUGCGCAAAACGGCUUCGAUAUCGGCGGCAACAGCAAUAUGGCCUAUGCCCUGUUGACCAGCGGUGGCGUAACCAAACUGUAUAAUAUUAAUAUUUCCAGUGUUUCGCCCGGCGCAAGCAUUGAUUUUCCCAAUAAAGUGAAGGCGUUUUCCCUGGGACUUGGCUUCUAA